AUGACAGGAUAUCGACAGGCACAGUCUUGUACAGAUAACAACAGCCAUGAUGUGAAUGAAUGCACAGAUUUUNCAGAUGUCCCUUGUAGCCACUUCUGCAAUAACUACAUUGGUGGAUACUUCUGCUCCUGUCCCCCAGAAUACUUCCUCUACGAUGACAUGAGGAAUUGUGGAGUCCAAGCCAUCCCCUGUCCCAAAGAAAUCACUGCCAAUUCUUUCUGGGAGCCCAAAAAGGCAAAAUACGUUUUUAAAGACGUGGUGAAGAUAACCUGUGUGGAAGGAUUUGAAGUUGUGGAGGGACAUGUUGGCUCAACUUCAUUCUAUUCUACUUGUCAAAGCGACGGACAGUGGAGCAACUCUGGGCUAAAAUGUCAACCUGUGGAUUGUGGAAUUCCAGAUCCCAUUGCGAAUGGAAAAGUUGAAGAGCCAGAGGAUACUGUGUUUGGUUCUGUCAUUCACUACACGUGUGAAGAGCCAUAUUACUACAUGGAACAUGAAGAAGGUGGUCAACAUCAUUGGAUGCAUCUCUCUCUAUCUUGUUCUUAUUCCUUCCUAGUCUGUGGGGUACCCACUGAGCCCUUUCAAGUCAAGCAGAGGAUAUUUGGAGGAUACCCUGCAAAGAUUCAAAAUUUUCCCUGGCAAGUCUUUAUUAAUCACCCCAGAGCUGGCGGGACUCUUAUUAAUGAGUACUGGGUGCUGACGGCCGCUCACGUUGUGGAGAAAAACUCCAACCCUUCAAUGUAUGUCGGGAUCAUGUCUUUGGGGAUAGCUCACUUGGAAAAUGCCCAGAGGCUCUCCAUCAAGCGUGUAAUCAUUCAUCCUGGCUGGAAGGAAAGAGAAGACCUAAACCCACGGACAAAUUUUGACAAUGACAUUGCCCUGGUGCAGCUGAAAGACCCCGUGAAAAUGGGACCCAACGUCUCCCCCAUCUGCCUACCAGGCACCUCCUCAGAGUACAACCUCUCACAGGGUGACAUGGGGCUGAUCUCAGGGUGGGGCCGAACAGAAAAGAGAAUCCAUGUUAUCAACCUCAGAGGGGCAAAGGUACCAGUAACCUCUUUAGAAACCUGCAAACAGGUGAAAGAGCAGAACCCCACAGCAAGGCCAGAGGACUAUGUUUUCACUGACAACAUGAUCUGUGCUGGCGAGAAUGGUGUUGACAGCUGUAACGGGGACAGCGGGGGCGCUUAUGCUUUCCAGGUUCCCAAUGUCAAGGUCCCCAAAUUCUAUGUAGCUGGCUUGGUGUCUUGGGGGAAAAAGUGUGGGGCCUAUGGGGUCUACACCAAGGUAAAGAAUUAUGUGGACUGGAUCCUGAAAACUAUUCAGGAGAAUAGUGGGCCCAGGAAGGACUAA